UACAGUCGUUCUCCACCCAUCAACCGAAAGAGAAGACGCCGCUCAGCUGCCGCUCGUCCGUCAUCCAAACAUAUGGCACAAACCGCCCUCUUUCUUUCUUACGUCGUUGUGCCCACUACUCUUUAAAAAUUCCGCCGAAAAAGAGAAGACGAUUUUCCAAAACACUGUGGCCGUUAUCUCACGGCUCCCCUGUCACUGCACAGGUGCAUGAGCGCUACUCAGGGGGCCUAGGGGCGGCUCUCCACCGGGAGCACUUUGACUUCAACGCCGAGCCACCUUGGGAUCCUAGCUGAUAGCGGGACAGGUCCAUCUCCUGACUUGUCCAUUUUGUUGCAUACCGGUAGGACCCCAUUGGCUCAGUCGUGACCCCUUGACUUGCUUAUCUGUUCUGAAUGAUUGUCGGCUUGAGAUGAAAGGACUUGUUGACAAACCCAGCUACAUCAUUGAACUCCUGGAGGGAGGAGUAACCCUUGAAGAUGUCAUUGACGGACACAUCUGUGAGCAGGCCCUGGAUGAGAAGAGUGCGUUUGUGGUGGGAGACCUUGGUGCCCUGAUGCGGCAGCAUGUAUGCUGGCAGAGUGCAGUGCCAUGGAUGCAGCCCUACUACCCGGUCAAGUGCAACAGCAGCCCUGCAGUCAUUGAGGUGCUGGCCUCCUUGGGCCUGGGCUUCAUUUGUGCCAACAAGACUGAAGCAAGCCUCGUGCUGGAGCACGGCGUGCCACCAGAAAACAUAAUUCUGUCAGGGGUUUGCAAGCAGCUGGCACACAUCAAGCACGCAGCGAAGAACAACAUCCAACAUCUAGUGUGCGAAAGUGAGGCUGAGUUGUCCAAAAUUUCACGCCUGCACCCUGGUGCAAAAUUGCUGCUGCAGUUGACCACCGAGGCUCACGCGGCUGAAACCAGCAUGGCUUUUGGCUUUUCUCUGAAGAGCUGCCGGCACCUGCUGGAAGCAGCCAAGGAGCUUGGAGUCCAGGUGGUGGGGGUGACCUUUCACAUCCCCAGCUCCUGCCAAGACCUGCAACUGGCCUACACCCAUGCACUGUCCGAUGCCCACUGUGUGUUUGACAUGGGGGUGGAUCUGGGCUUUAACAUGAACAUCCUGGACAUUGGUGGCGGAUUUACUGGCUCAGAAGGUCAGCUCAAACAGGUUGAGGCUGCCGUCAGACCGCUGCUGGAUGCUUACUUCCCCCCACUGUCCGGUGUGCAAGUGUUGGCCCAGCCAGGCAGCUUCUACGUGGCCUCUGCUUUCAGCCUGGCUGUCAACGUGGUUGGCAAAAAGGUGAUGAACCGUCACUGGGACAGCCUCACUCAAGGUGUGAACAACGAAGAUGCAGAGUUUCUGUACUACAUGAAUGAGGGUGUUUAUGGCCCAUUCAGUUGCAAGCUGCUGGGAAACUGCAUCCCUGCCCCGUCAGUGCACAAGCAUGUGCUGUGUGCUGAGGAGGGAGUGUAUCCCAGCAGCCUCUGGGGCCCUUCACUGGACCAGCUGGACCAGGUGGUGGAGCGCUGCCUGCUGCCUGAGCUCAGUGUGGGAGACUGGCUUUGCUUCUCCAACAUGGGAGUGUGUGGCCUGGAGGAGUUCAGCUGCCUCUCUAGCUCCCCCCAGCUGCCUGUCUACUACACUGUCUCCACUUGUGACUGGUGAGGAUGGAGUACAAAAUGCAGGGGGCCGGUGUGGCACUGGACAGUGCCAUGAAGAAUUUCUCCAUGGUCCGGUACAGUGUGUAACUACCCUCUGCCCCUGUCCUGUACGAUAUUGCACAGAUCCCCCUUAGCCUCUGCUUUCACCAUGUGAGAAGAGGGGUCAGCGAGCUAUUUGGGACACGGGGCUAAAUGUGGUCAACUUUCCAGCCACCUUGGAAAAAGUGUCCCAUUAUUUCUUCCAGGGAUUUUUUUUUUACCUCCUAGAAAUGGGAAAUAAUUGGUUGUUUGAAAUUGGAUCGGAUAGAUAAUCUUCCCAUUCUCGCUCUGAUGGGCUCAAAAAAUCUCUCUGCUAAAAGAACUCCAGCUCAAAUGACAAUAUGCAACAAAAUGGAUGACUCUUUGGAGAUGGGGAAACCCCUCCCCCCUUCCCUCUCUCCCUCCCUCCCUCCAACAUGUUUUGGGUGGUUUGUUUCCUAAAUCAAAUCCAGUUUACAAAAUGUACAAUUGAUUUAAAUCAUGUUCUCUAUUGAUUACCUGUUGACAGUCGUGUAAAUCCUGUGUCUGUUCAACGCCAAUACAUUUUGUCUGUAGAUGAUUUUUGAAAGAAUCAAUGCCUUGUGUGGAUUCUAUACCCCUCACUUUGCAUAGUUUAAAUCAUGACAAUGAUGUAACCUAUUUCUUUAUUGCAGCUCACCUCAAUGCGUUAUUAUUUAUUGGAAUCAGAUAAUACAGGGGCAAAUUUAAAGCGCCAUCUUUAAGUGUGUUCUGCCCAGGUAUUAUACUGUGGACCAUCUAACAGUGUUUUCCAGUUAAGAUAUUUAUGUGUUUUUUUUAAUGCUACAUGGAUUAAGUGUGCUGUGAUUGCCAUUUGUGACCUCAGUGGUUUCCCUUUACUCGAAAGGAAUGAAGGAAUUGCUGUGGGAGAUUCUCUCUUGGCUGAGCUGUAACUUGAAUACAGAGAAGCUGCAUACACCUUAAAGCACUCCUUGCCUCUAAUAGAGACAGGUUAAUCUGGUUUUAAAUGCACACACUCUUUUGUAGGUUAAAUAAGUACUGUGACAUUUAACACCGGAGCUCUAAUUUUUCAGAUCUUCAUAUUAGUAUCUCGUCCUUGUUUUUUACAGGAUCUGACAAAGCAGAAAAUGAGCUAUUACUCAAACAUAAAUGAUAUGUAUGUGGCAGAUGUGGACUUAUUUGUCUAUCGCUCACAUGAAAGGCAUGCUAGCUGUACACUGACUUCUCUGAGGUAGUGCAAAUGACAAGUAAUAAACUUCCUCAUGCCUCUUUUAAAGUUAUGAGGGAAAUAAUGCAGUCUCUUGUAUAGCUAAAUGUCUCAUGUCUGAUACAAUUACAGGUGUUACUGAACUGCAGUUUUUAAAGAAUCCUGCCCAUGUGUGUUUAUAAAAUACUAAUGUAUUAAUUACUUGCUUGUCUAAGGCACUAAUGGACCAUAGCCUGUUUUUGACUGUAAAUUGUGCUUGUUAAAGUAAUGAAAGUGAUUAAUUUAAUACAUUUCUGACUGAAAUCCUUUUA